UCGAGAGCACACAAACGGUUGACUUUGGAAGCGCGAGGCGAGUUGCUGCUGCAGCCGCUGUCGCCACCCUCUCCUCCUCCGCUUCUCCUCAGAUCAAGGACUGAGCGGGCGGCUUGCCUUCGGCCUGGAUAAGCCCAAGCCCCUGCCCCUGCCUGCAGUGUUGUUCUUUGUGUCUGAAUAAUAGCACAGGUUCCAGUGUGGUUUUCUGGACUAGCUCUCCCACCAAUCCUUCUCUGAAUUUGAAAGCUCACUGCCCCUUAGGACCCCCUGCUAUGGCCUCUACUGUACAUUCUGCCCAGUUCCACUGUUCGAGAUCAGGAAGAACAGUUCCACAGCCUUUCAGCCUGACUGCUCCCAUUGCUGCCUCAUUCCUAGGUCACCUGGGAUGGACCUGGGGUGGAGGAGAGAAGGAAAGUCCACAGCAGAAUGGAGGGUCCCCUGAACCCCACAUCGGCCCUGAUCUCUAGGAUGGAACAAGGGGCAGAGUUAUGGGGCCCAGAUCUCCAGGGCCCCGAGGAGAGCCUGAGAGAUGGUCAUAAAGGUGCUAGAAGUGAAAAUGAGGAGGAGAAUCUUCAGCCAGAGGGGUCAGGGGAUGAGAUACCUUUGGGAGACCCACCCCAUAGUCCAGAACUCAAGGAUCCCCCAGAGAUGCCCCUGGAGGAGAUUCCUUUGGAUAAUCCAGUCUCUGAGUCAGUUCCCACCCCUUCUGAUUGGACCAAGGCCUGUGAGGCAGGCUGGCAGUGGGGGGCCCUGACCACCUGGAACAGCCCCCCAAUAGUGACAGCCAGUGAACCCAGCCUUCGGGAGCUGGUCCAGGGCCGGCCCUCAGGGGGUGACAAACCUUAUAUCUGCAACGAGUGUGGUAAGAGCUUCAGCCAGUGGUCCAAGCUGCUCCGACACCAGCGUAUCCACACAGGUGAACGCCCCAAUACUUGCUCUGAGUGCGGCAAGAGUUUCACCCAGAGUUCCCAUUUGGUGCAGCACCAGCGCACCCAUACAGGCGAGAAGCCCUACAAGUGCCCUGACUGUGGCAAGUGCUUCAGCUGGAGCUCCAACCUGGUGCAGCACCAGCGGACACACACGGGCGAGAAGCCCUACAAGUGCACUGAGUGUGAGAAGGCCUUCACCCAGAGCACCAACCUCAUCAAGCACCAACGCUCCCACACGGGUGAGAAGCCCUACAAGUGUGGAGAGUGCCGACGUGCCUUCUACCGCAGCUCAGACCUCAUCCAGCACCAGGCCACCCACACAGGGGAGAAGCCCUACAAGUGCACUGAGUGUGGCAAGCGCUUUGGCCAGAACCACAACCUCCUCAAGCACCAGAAGAUCCAUGCAGGGGAGAAACCGUAUCGGUGCACCGAGUGUGGCAAGAGCUUUAUCCAGAGCUCGGAACUGACGCAGCACCAGCGCACACACACCGGAGAGAAGCCCUAUGAGUGCCUAGAAUGUGGCAAAAGCUUUGGGCACAGCUCCACCCUCAUCAAGCACCAGCGCACUCACCUACGGGAGGACCCCUUCAAGUGUCCAGUGUGUGGGAAGACCUUCACCCUUAGUGCCACGCUGUUGCGGCAUCAGCGCACCCACACAGGCGAGCGACCCUACAAAUGCCCUGAGUGUGGCAAGAGCUUUAGCGUCAGCUCCAACCUCAUUAACCACCAGCGCAUCCAUCGAGGAGAGCGGCCAUACAUCUGUGCCGACUGUGGCAAAAGCUUCAUCAUGAGCUCCACUCUCAUCCGACAUCAGCGCAUCCACACUGGUGAAAAGCCCUACAAGUGCCCUGACUGUGGCAAGAGCUUCAUCCGAAGCUCCCAUCUCAUUCAGCACCGGCGCACCCACACUGGGGAGAAACCCUACAAAUGUCCUGAGUGUGGUAAGAGCUUCAGCCAGAGCUCCAACCUCAUCACCCAUGUCCGUACCCACAUGGAUGAGAACCUCUUCUUGUGCCCAGAGUGUGGAAAGGCAUUUGUGGAUGCAGCUGAGCUCUUGCAACAUCGGCUAAUACAUGGAGGAGGAAAGCCCCCUUCUGGGGGAGCUCUUGGGGAUGGGACAGAGCCAGCCAGUCCAGCAGGAGAGAAAUCCUAUAAAUUCUCCAUGGGGCUUGGGGAAUCGGCUUUGCUCCCACCUCCUGGAGCCAAACCACACAAAUGUUUGGUGUGUGGCAAGGGCUUUAAUGAUGAGUCUAUUUUUAUGCAGCAUCAGAGGAUACAUAUUGGAGAAAACCCAUACAAAACCACUGAUGGUACUGAACGUCCAUCUCCCCAUCCCUCUCAGCUCCGCCCUCAGAGGACCUUACUUGGGAGGAAAUCCUAUUCAGGUGCUGAGAAGGGUGACAACUCGGACCAUAUUGGACCAACCCCUAAAAACCUUGAGGGUCGAGAAAGCUUUGGUCAAAAUUUGGAACUGCUCUCCCCCAAAUCCUACAUCUGUUCUCACUGUGGGGAAAGCUUUUUGGACCGUUCUGUGCUCCUUCAGCAUCAGCUCACCCAUGGAAAUGAAAAACCCUAUAUAUUUCCUGAGUUUAGAACUGGUGUUGGGGAAGGGGCAGGACCCAGCCCCAUCUUGAGUGGGAAACCCUUCAAAUGCCCUGAGUGCCAAAAGAGCUUCAGCCUUAGCUCUGAGCUCCUGCAGCACCAGAAGGUCCAUGCAGGAGAAAAAACCUAUAAAAGCUCCUCUGUUCUCCUAGAGCACCUCAAGAGCCCUUUGGGGGCCCGGCCCUACAGCUGCUCUGUCUGUGGUAUAUCUUUCCUGGACCGACUGGCUCUCAUCCGGCAUCAAGGGAGCCACACCCAAGAAAAGCCCCACACACCUGGGGAGACCCUUCCAGAACCAGCCUCACUGCCUAUGAGCCAGGAUGGGGAGGCAUCCCCUGUGAUAAAAAGCAGCAGUCAAUGUGAAGCCCCUAAAACCCAACCAGGAGAGAAACCCUAUAUAUGUCCUGAGUGUGGGGAAGGCUUCACAGAAACCACGACCCUUCUCCUUCACCGGGGUAGCCAUCCUGGUGUCACCCUAUGAGACUAAAGUAGGAGGCAUGGGGACACUCUCUGUCAUGAGAGGAAAUACCCUAACUGCCCUAUUAAAUUAUAGGGGGGAAGGAGAAAAAAAAGAUUGUAAGGAAGGAAGGACACUUGAGAGAAAAUCAUUUCUACGCAUCAGUGAUGGGAAAACCCUGCAAAGUUGGGGGGGAACCCUUUAUAAGGCUGUAAAGUAAAAAACUGUUGGGGGUAGAAACCCCUAUAAACAUGUAGGAAGAAAACCCUAUAAGUCUGUAGCAGAAAAACCCUAUACAUUUUAGUGGGGAAAACCCUAUACAAUUGUAGGAAGAAAGCUCAUUAUGUCUCUAGACAUCCCUAUAAAACUGUAUGAAAAUCCUUGUGAAACUAUAGGGUUUAGAAAGGGAGGGAAAAUACUAUAAAGCUCUUAAGUUAGGAAACCCCUAAAAAGAUACAGGGAAACAACUUCUCUACAAUUGUAGAAUAACCUCCCUCUCUUUCCUGAAAAGUUAGCAGAGGAAUCAUCUCUUAGAACCUGUCCUGAAUGAUUCCUUUGGGGGAAAUCCCAGUUAAAUUGUUGGGGGGAGGUGUAGGGGGAAAGGAUCAGGGGUCAGGGAAUUUACACUAAAUUAUAAAGGAAAGUUAAUGGGAAUCCUUCUAAAGAAAAUGUGCCCUUGUUAAUCCAGAAUGAGGAAAGCUUAGACAAACCAUUUAAACAGGGAAAAUCCCAAAAUGUCUACAAGGGGGGAGGGGGGUCUUUGAAAUGGAAAGAGAAAAGUCCUAUAAAUUGUGGAGGGGAAUCCUGUAAAAAUAAAAGUCCUAUUUUGUGGGGGGGUUGGAGGAAAAGAAAAGGAAUAUGGAGAUCCUUUAAAACUAGAAAAAAAGUUGUCUUUUUGAAGGGAAAAACCCCUGAAAUUGUGAAGGCAGAAUAACUUGGAAACCCCUUUGCAACUAUGAAAUUUUUGUGGGGAAAGAGUUUAAAAAUGCCAGCAUAAAAAUAUUGGAAGGCCUCUUCAAACCUCAGGAGAGUGUGUGGACAUAAGAUUUUCUUGGUCAAAUAAGCCACAGCAGAAUAUGUUUUAGAGGAAACUUUGUUUCCCAUUAUGUCACCAAAAAUCUUACCAGAUUAGUGGUGACAAAACUCCACAGAUGGAGGCCUGCUCAGAUCUGUUGAGGUCUCUUCUCCAGAGAAAGAUUUCAGUUUUCCUCCUCCCUUUUCUCAGGUUCUGAAUUUCUCCUAGGAAGUUCUUCCUGAUGUCUAACCUCCAUUUCAAUUUGCUGCAGCAAUAGCCCAUUUCCUCUUGUUCUGUUCUCUUAUGGAGAGAGAGAGAAUAGCUGCUAAUCAUCCUCCAAAGAAUAAAAGCCCUUUAGAGACUUGAAGCCUGUGACUAAAUUCUCCCUUAGUCUUCUCUUCAAAUUAUAGUCACCUCUUGGUUACGCAGGGGAGGUGGGAGGAGGAGAAGGACAGGCCUUAGAAGACUGAAAUUUAGAUCCAACAACCUGAUCCUGAUUUUCCACCCAAACUUUUAUGAAGAGCUAUAAACAGGAUGGACCAAUGGGCAUUUCAUUUUUAUUCUUCACUCUUGCCUUUCCCAAAUAUCUACUAAGCAAUGAUAUGGCCAAGUUGGGCAGGAGGGAAGAUAAUCUUAAAUAUUGGACUUUUACCCUGCAGUAAUCAAAAGUUGGCUGUAGUCCCCUUUCCCAGCUAGUUUUCCCCCCUGUCCCUUAUUCCUUGAAUCUCCCAGUUUUUUUCCUUUUAAUCUCAGGCUCCCAGGUGCCUUCUGGGGUUAUGGGGCUCUGCAGUGAGGUGACUUCUACAUGCCCAGCUUUUCUUUAGGUAGCUCGGUACUUUGUAACCAAAAACCUUAGAAGGGGACAACCCAAAGAAAUGAAACUUUGCUUUCUUGGAGGUACCCCCAUUACCCCUUCCAAUUUCUGAGAGAAAACAAAUCAUGUAAGCCUACAGUAAAUGACCCAGUAAUGAAGAUGGGGGUAGGGGGAAGAGGGUGGGGAUUAUGUGACUGUAAGGGAGAUAACUAUAAAACAGUUCAAAGGAGACUGUCCCUAAAGCAUACAGUGGAAGAUUCCUCUUUUAAGUAAGAGGAGAAAGGAUUUUGUUAAAUGGCACAAGAGAAUUCUGUCCCCAAAGACUUGGCCAUAAAACUAAGAAUCCCUGUUGUAUAAAACUUGAUAAAAAGUCCUAGAAAUAAUUUCACCAAGAGAAGCUACAAAGCUAUUAAGGAAAUGCUUAAGCUCUGAGGGAAGGCUCCUUUUAGGAAUAUAGGCAAAAAAUUCUCUCCCCAAAACACUUCUCUAUAUAAAGUCAUAAAACCCUAGGAGUCUGGAAUUGACUAUGGAAGGAACACCAAAUUAUAUAGAAGAGAACCCACUUCUACAGUUAAAACCACAAUGAUCAGCCCAGACAGACUGGAGUUGGGAGAGCCCUGUAAUGUUGCAAUGGGAGGGGGUGCCCUGUAAAAUUGUAUGGGUAAACUAAUAGAUUUACAUUCCUCCCCCCUCCGAGAGAAAAUGUAUACCUUUAGAUUAGAAAAAAGGUAUGAGAAAAAACAUCCCUUUUGCAUCUGCAGUGGUCAUGGGGGGAAUAAAUUCUACAAAACUGAAGGGAAGACAAGUCUAGAAGAAAAAUAAAAAUCCUUUAAACCAGUAGAAGCAAAAAUACCCUAUAAAUUGUAGAGAUAAAACCUUUAUAAAGCUAGGCAAAAAAUAUCUCCACCCCCUUAGUAAACAGGAAUGGCAAGCCCUAAGGAGCUAUAGGAGGGGAAACCCUAUAAAGUCCCAGGGAAAAUCCUGUAGGGGAGAGCAGUAGCUGAGGGUAGUUCUCAGAAACCAGCCCUAUGAGGGUUGUACUGUAGGCUGUGUAGAGGAGAUAGGGUGUAGAAUAUUAGGAUGAUCGCAUGUUAGAGGGUCGGGGGGGAGGGAUUGGGGUCUUCUCUCUAAUACGGAGUUUAGGGUGGGAACCUGAUCUGGUUGGGAUUUGGAGUUUUCAAGGCAGAAAGGGGGAAGAGGUCAGAGAGCCUUUUGGAUCCAGUGCUUUCAAUUUUCUUUCCCCCAAACUUACUCAGUCCUAUACAUGGAUCUCCAAUUCCAGGGCUGGUGACCUUAACUAUUCUGUUCAGCUUUGUUUGCUCCCUGCUGCCCCAUGCAUCUCCAUGGCUUGGAUUUGCAGUCACACCAUGUCAGCGUCAUCUCCCAAUUGACUUUGCCCCACCCUAGAAUCAGGAACAUCAGCUUGUUAUGCUUUAAUGUUUUUCAUCCCAGAGCUAGCUACAUUUGAAGAUGGGUCAAGUAAGUGAGCUUCAGGAGGGACCACCCUUGACAGGAUCCAUCCUGCUUGAUCCUUGUCACUCCCCCUCAUUCUAGAACUGCAGUGUUGGACCCCCAGUACAAUAGAAUGUCUCCUGCAGAGGUCAGUGAGGAAGGCUCUGAGGAGACCCAGCAAGCUGGAGACAGUGUGACGGAGAAGCAAGGAACUGUCUUGGAAGGAGUGGAGUUGGAGGGCCUUGAGAUAGCCUGGAAGAUUUCAGAGCUAUUGGGUGGGAACAUGCUAGCCCUGGGGAUGCUGAGUGAUGGAGAGACCUGAAACCAUGCGAGCAGUGAGGCGCAACGUCCUUUAACCAGGUUCAAGAUGUGAAUAGACGCCAGACCCCAUAGCCUAGGUCAGGGUGGCCUGGCUUCUCCUCACUGUCCCACGGCUCCUCGUUUUCCAGACCAGUGGGCUGGGAGGGGUCCCCUCCUUUGAGUGUUUGUGUGUCAGAAACAUUGUUGUGUCGCUGGUGGUUGUGUGGAGUAGCUGAAGAGAAUAAAGGGAAUGCGAUUUCCCGA